UUCAUAAUAAUAAAAACUCACUUAACUCUUUAAUUUAUCUUCUCUUUUUCUCUCUCUCUCUUCUUUAAUUGCUUCAGAAGCAAACUAAACCCCUCUCUCUCUCUCUCUCUCUCUCUCUCUCUCCCUCUCCCUCUAUCUCUUCUUUUUGACGGGUUGAUAAAAUAGCACGGUAGUAGGAACGCAAAGAGGAUGUCUAACAACGGAGCAGCAGUUGCCGAGAGGGCGACCAGUGACUUGCUAAUUGGUCCAGAUUGGGCAGUAAACAUGGAGCUCUGUGAUAUUAUUAAUAUGGAUCCAGGACAAGCAAAGGAUUCCCUGAAGAUAAUUAAGAAGCGCCUUGGAAAUAGAAGUUCAAAAGUGCAGCUUCUUGCUCUUUCUGUUUUGGACACUCUUGGGAAAAAUUGUGGGGAGAGGAUAUUCCAGCAAAUUGUUGAGCGUGAUAUUUUACAUGAAAUGGUCAAGAUUGUGAAGAAAAAGCCAGAUUUAGGUGUGAGGGAAAGGAUAUUGAUUCUGAUAGACACCUGGCAGGAGGCUUUGGGAGGACCAAGGGGAAAAUAUCCCCAGUUCCAUGCAGCAUAUAACGAAUUGAAGUCGGCUGGGAUAUCAUUCCCACCUCGAGAGGAGAACAGUGUACCGUUGUUUACUCCUCCACAAACUCAGCCAGUUUCGCAUCCUGCUCCAGUUUUUGAAGAUGCUACAAUUCCUGAUUCUCUGGAGUCUGACCCUUCUGGUUUGAGCUUGGAAGAAAUCCAAACUGCGAAAGGGUUGGCUGAUGUUUUGACGGACAUGCUUGGAGCUUUGGAUCCCAGAAACAGAGAGGGGGUAAAAGAAGAAGUGAUUGUGGAGCUCGUUGAGCAGUGCCGUAACUAUCAAAAGCGUGUUAUGAUGCUUGUGAAUAAUACCACGGAUGAGGAACUUCUCUGUCAGGGUUUAGCAUUGAAUGAUGACUUGCAGCGUGUGCUUAGCCGUCAUGAUGACAUUGCUAAAGGAAUUGCGACUGUAAUCUCAGAUCCAACUAGAACUUCAGCUGCACCACUUGUGAACGCCAGUCAUGACCAUGAAGAGGAGGAAUCAGAGGAUGAAUUUGCCCAGCUGGCGCACAGGUCAAGGGAUUUGCAGCGACAAGGACGAAAUCAGGCUAAUUCUGGGGUUGAACCAGCACAAGUGAAUCCUCUUCUUCCUCCUCCCCCUUCGUCAAAAAGGCCAGUCAUGACUGAUGCUGGCUCAUACGAUUACCUGAGUGGUGAUUUAUACAACUCUGAGAGAUCCUCCAAUUAUCCUAGCAGUGAUCUAUACAAUGUAGACAGAUCCGGGGCAGCAGAGCCGCCGGUGCCCUAUUCUGUUAGAAGUCCAACCAAGUAUCCAAAUCCUACCUCUUCUCUCAGUCCAUUAUCUUCCUCACCGCCUCAUCAGUCCAAUAACAGUAGUUCUUCACCUUUGUUUGAUAAGAGCCCUUUAUACGAUGAACCUACUCAUAUGAGCAAAUCUGACAAGCUUCCUUUAGCUCCUUGGGACUCUCCUUCUCCCCCUGGAAAUUUACCCCCACCCCCUUCCAAAUAUGAUCAGAGGCAACAGUUCUUUGAGAAACAGACUUUUCCUGGUGGGGCGUCACAUUCCAGUAGUGGAUCCAGUUCUCCUUAUGAUGGCUUGGUGGGACAGACAAAGGGUCUCUCUCUUAACUCAUCGACCCCUCCCAAGCAAGAAGAGCCAGAGGAUGCUUUAUUCAAGGACCUGCUUGAUUUUGCAAAAUCCAAGUCUCCAUUCAAAGUCCAACAAUAGAUCAUCUCGAAUAAUUCUAUAGAGAUAUGAGUUGCUGCAGUACAGAUUUGGAUAAUUAGCUUCCUAGGAUAUUGUCAAAUUUAUGUAUGGCUCUUGGACUAUAUUGCUGUAUGGAUGUACCUUCUCUAUUUGGUUUUCGGCUCACCUGUAUCAUGUUGUGCUUGUUUCAUUUGGAGCAUCUUCAGCUGUGACUUGUUAGUGCUUGGGAUGGAAGAACUGGUUGGUUGUAUAGUACUUUUCGGUGACCUUUGAAGUGGUAAUUGAACGCACUGAUUGUUCUUUCAAA